AUGGGUAGAACGAGGCAGCAGCCGUCUCUAUUAACACCGCCUGCCAACACCGUCCCUGGCUUCGAUGAUGCCUUUUUUCCAGGUCUGCUACAGCAUACAUGCUCACCUCGAAAGGUCGAAUACCGACCGGCCGACCGACCGACAGACCGUGCUCAGCCUAUUCCUCUCACUCGUCUCCUUCCUUUCUGUUCACUUCCCGCUCCGCAAUCCCUCAACGGCCGGGGCUUGUCGAGCCUUGUCGUAUGCUUUCUCGUAUGGACACGUCGCAAGUGGAUGCGAGAAAAAGUGAGCGCUUGCCUCAGACUCACCCCGGUCGUCGGCUAUGACGGUACAGGCUCCAUCGAUUUCAAGGCUGCUCGUAAGACCGGUUCGUUACCACUCGGCAAGCCGGUUGACACGUUCAUCUGCCCUCUUACGAACAGCCGGUCGGUCAGUCGGUUUCCACAUGCAUAA